GACAGGACGUGAAGCGCGGGCCCGCCCGCCCAGUGACAACGGUGCUGACCUGGCCGCCUCGUGGUGCCCCCUCCAACUUGGGCUCCAGGCCCUCCUGCUCCCAGAUCUGAGAAUCCACCAAAGACACCGAGACCUUUGGAACUUCCCCCCGAAUCUCUCUUGUCACAACCCAGACUAUUUUCACUCGCAUCUCGAGCAGCGAACCAGCAGAAUCUCAAGAACUGGCUGCAGAACACAAGAAACUGAAAAUAAAAUCUGUGUGGCGACUGAACUAGAAAUCUUCUUCUGUGUGGAAUACUACUGUCCAAAGUCUGGAGCGGGACAGAAGUAACUACACGUAAGAACAAACACAGCAAGAAGCAGGCUGACAAGACCCAAUGUACUUCCUCGAGGCCUUGCAGCUGACGCAAACAGCUAUUUUAAGGAACUGUCCGCGGUGUUUGGAAUGAGGAAGUCCCAACUUCACAAAACAAUUUCUCGGUGUUUCCCUAGACUCUCGCGGGAGUCUGUCUUCUCCUUUACCGCCUGGCGACAUGGUUACGCCCCCUGACUAGCGUACCGUAAUUUCUACCUGCUCUGCUUUAGAAUAGAAGAUGACAUCGGAUGUGUUUCUUGUAGAGAAAAACCCAUGUGACCUGGCCAGUGUAAUAACCACCGCGCUCAUGAUGUAAUACCGAACUUGCACUUGACGUGCCAUCUUGCCAAAACACCAAUCGAAACGAUUUCCAGACACUGGUGGUUGUUACAAGGGUUUGAUUCGAAAUCGGACAGUACAUUUUUACGGGCGAGCCCCUUCAAGGGACGGGCUUUGCCUGGCCUGCGUGCCCCCUCUCCGGGGGCCAAGAAACGCUGUCGCCGCUAGUAACAGAAUGUACAUGUAUUUGUCAUCGUUCCGAAUUGCUGAGGUGACGUACACACCACGGACCCUCCGUGCACACACACCCACACCACGCGCAUGUACCUGUACACCAGAGGCUCCCACCGAAAUCACCGUCACCUUUCUUCAAAAAGGAUCCAAGAAUCAGAGAGGAAAUUGACUUAGCCAGGUUGAAAAUCCAAGUUAUGCCGUGCGUAUUGAGACAUCGAAGUCAAACUGAAGGUCAUUUCAGAACACCUUGGCCCCGCCUAGCUGCCCCUAUAUGGUCACUCCACUUUUCAUGGUUCUUGCACGGCCGUUGAUCUUCCGGUAUUCGGCUGAUUCGGGGCCUUGACAUCACUGGAACUUGUGCACAAUCCCAUUAAUUUGAUAAAGGACUACGCAGCAUCAGGCGGAAAUAAAACACAAGGCCAUGUUUGAGGACGCCUUUGGGACAUGUCCGCAAUUCAAACCGAAAAAGGGUUUCACUUCUCUCCUGAAGAUCUGUAUCGUUCUUCACUUUCUGCCUUUUUUGUGUUGUACUAUUUCUGUGCGCCAAAGUUGAAAGUUGACUAAACGACGUGCGGGGACCAACGAGAAAAAAAAUUACAGUGAUAGUCUGAGAGAUAUUGGGUUACUUUUCUCGGUGGAGAAACAAGUUUAUUUUAGAGCGUGACACGACUGAUAACUGACUUGCCGGGACGAGUCAGCGCAUGGGCAUACGAGCAAGUCAGCUGGUGUGCUGUCUUGGCAAGAAGCCUGGGAUUUUGUUGAGGGGCCUUUCUGAACUUUUCCCCUCUUGGAUUGGAUGUGCAUGGUUCGCGCCUCGCCCGGCAUUGGGGCGAACUGUUUGUUUUACAAGUCUUGUUUCAUUCACACUUCUUACGGAUGGAAUUAGCCACUCUCUGCUACUGAAUUUUGGGCGAGCUUCUUCUUAAAAGGGAGCUGAGGUGUGAUUGGGAGGCAUUCGUUCUACUAACUCUCAAGUAGGGGUCGAGGUUGUAAGAGGGGGGAAAUGUAAAAAGGAGCCGAAAAAUUACACGAGAAACGAUCCCCAGCUUAUCCUUCGGUCUGAGAAUUCGUGAUUGGAGGCUGUUCCGUCUAUUUGACACGCGAGCCAAGAAAGGAUACCCCCAACAAGAUGAACCAGUUUCGAUUGAUAGUACUACUGGAGGUGAUGGCAUACACCGUGCUCCCAAACCAGGCGGCCGUCAUCCAGGUGUGUGGCAACGACCUGUUGGACGCGCUCAAGUCCGUCUGUGGUGACCGGGGCUUCUACUCGCCCCCACCGGGUUAUUCGCGUCGAACUCCGGCCACGCAGACCGGUAUUGCCACACGAUGCUGUAUUUCGUACUGCGAAACAUCCGUACUCGAGAAAUACUGCAAUCCACCGUCAACGUCCCAGUCACAGACGGCAGCAGCGCCCCCAAGAAUCACAACGACCCCAGACGAAAGGAGAGCUAAUGAGAUCGUCGUGGACGAGACUGGCCAGACGGGGAACACCAACUCACAAAUGCUACGUGGAGGAAACGCAAUGGGGGCAGGUAGCCGGGCAAACGGGACCAAAGCGCCACCGACGGAGGUCGUCGAUGGCAGAAGUGACGACGACGACGACGCAGCGGGUGAGAUCAACACGUCCGAGAGGGUUGGAAGCCUUACCGAGCCAGACGAGGAAACGGGCCGAGAUGUGGCCACUAACAGGCCCCACAAAACACACUCCAAGGAGCGCAGUAAGAACAGGACUAGCAAGAGUGAGAGAAGGAGGAGAAGAACCAAUAGGAGGCGAAGCAGCAGCGAGAGGCGCAUGCUCAGUAGCGAGAGGAAGAGAGAGGAUGCGACUCGGAAGCUGAGGAGGAAGGAACAGCGCCUCUCGAGGAAGCAGCCCCAUUCCAAUAAAAGGAAGUCCAAACUGGAGAAAAAGGGCAGUGAAUCUGUCACCACACCGGUGGCGGUACAGACAGCGGAUCAUCCCUUUAAGCAUGGUGCCUACAACAGCACGACCGGGGACCUUUCACUGGUGAACGUCACAGACUCAGACACGGCACCGUCGUCUGACACGAAAAAAGACGGCUUUUUCACCACAAUCACUGCAGUGCUCAGGGACGUAAUUGGCUUCCAGCAUGCGGACGACGGGAACCGCUGAUGACGUCGCAAGGUCAAAGGCCAAGACCAACGAACUCCUUUACUCGAAGGACGACCAUUUUCGUCGCUAACCAAAAUGGAACACCCAUAAGGCUCUGAGUUUCAUUCACAACUUGGUCAGCUUGAAAGUCAUAUGACUCACGUACCACAGUGUGCUUUAAAGAACCUGGCCAGGACGGCUGGCCAAGCGAUUCAUUGCUGGUACGGUUGACAUAGCCCCAUAGCAAUGUUUCACAUAUACUUCACUUCAUCUAAACAGUUUCGUGCACAUCAUUUAAGCGCACUUCUUACCCCGAUCGUUGUCUUUGAUGGUGCCUGGCUGUUUAAACUCUGGAGGGCGCCUCAGCAGCCCGGUUGGCGCGACUAAAAACAAUCGCCUUUGACCUAGGUCCUAACAUGUAGCUGUUACCAUUUUGCAAGGGAAUUGCCGAUCAAGAUGAAGUGUAUAGAGAGAGGUGACGCCUUGCUCGUCGCUCAGUCGAAGUAUUCAAUAUACUGUUGCCAUAUUUAUAAAUAAUUUAUUUAUGCUAGAUGUCACAGGGUAAACUGGAUCAUAGGCUCUUUGUAAUUAACUCAAGUAAACGCAUUGCUGAAUGUUACUGCACACAUAUUCGAUUGUGAACAACAAAUCCACCCUGACAAAAAUGUAGGUCGUGAUAUACUGUUUUCUAACGGAGGUAAUAAUAUUUUGUUCCUGCGUGAAUUUUUAAAAAAGUUUUUGACUGAGUUUCUUCCAUUGGAAUCUCUGCAACGUUUUAGUGUUGCUUGGCUCGUGGUAUGUGCCAAUUUCUGUUUGCUGAAAUUGCCCUGGUCUACAUAAGUUCACACUCACACUUUUAAAAUGUAUAAAGAACUCUAAUAUUUAUUCCCUCUCCUAUUUUUCAUUCCAACCAUUGCCUAAAUCAAGUGGCUGAGAAUUUGUACUGUUACAAGCCACAGAUGUAAACGGGAUCAUAACCGAUGGCGAUAAACCUUCUCGGCACAACUAAAUUUACUCCAUUUUGGUAUUUGAUCCUUUGUCACCGUUCACCCUUAACUUAAGGAAUGAGAGUCAAAGCAAUGUUUAAAGGAUUAUCAGAGGGUCACCCAGAGUUACACAUAAUAUUCAGAAAGUUUGAUCUUUAUCCCCGUAGUAGUGUGGUAUCUGUUAAGAAUUUAUCCGGACCUGAAGAAGAAUGUUGUCGAAGAUUACAUUGAUUGUAAAUUUAAUUGAUUCAGAGCAAGUCAUGCCUCAAUUGAUGGGGCCCUGGUUGUGUUGGCCCAAAGCAUCUAUCAUCGUACAUGUUGUCAAAUAAAAAAGGGGAACACGAAAAUACUAACUUCCUUUAGCAAAGCCCUUGAUAUCAACACCCUUCACAGUUUUUACAUGUCGUGUUGCUGCUCGGGAGUGCCUUGACCGCCCCCUGGAAAAAAAUUCUGGCGACGCCAAUAUGUGCUGAUGCAUAGAAUAUAACAGUUAUUAAAGCAGCCUUCUUGUGAUA